CGGUGUUCACUUGGUCAAACAGUGAUCCAUCCAUCAUGAAGAGGCUUCUGCUCCUGCUGGGUGUGACUGUCUUCUGUUUUUGUGUCCUGGCUGCGGCCGACACCCAAUCUGACCAAGUGGACGACAAAACAUUCCCAGAAAAGGAUGGAAUUUUACAACUAAAGAAGGGGAAUUUCAACAGGGCUCUGAGAAAAUACAAGCAGCUGCUGGUGCAUUUCUUGACUCCUCUGACAGUAGAAGGUCGUCGUGUGGCAGCAGCAUUCGAAGGUGCAGCUGCAGAGCUUCAGGGGUCAGAGGUCAAACUGGCCAGAGUUGAUGUGACAGAAGAGAGGGACUUGGCUAAAAAGCUCAAUGCGACCAGCCACCCAAUCAGACUAUACCUUUCUGGAGAUAUGCACAACCCUGUGCCAUGCCCCGGUGAGUUUCCUCGGAGCUCUGCUUCGAUCUUGACCUGGCUGAAAAGGAGGGAGGGGACAGCUGCUGAUCUCAUGGUUGAAAUCAACCAAUUAGAGGCCUCAGAGGAGCUAACAGUGGUUGGAUUCUUUCAGGAACUAAACCACGAGUACGUCCAGGAAUUUUACGCAGCGGCCAUCGAACUUCCUGACAUCAGUUUUGCUGUGACGCAGAAUGAUGAUGUCAUCAGCAAAUAUGCGGUCACGCAUGAUGUCGUUCUGUUGCUCAAAAAWUCUCAGCUCAUCCAGAGUUACAGAAUGAACCCUGAAACAUCAAAAGAGGAGCUUAUUGUCUUUAUCUCCRUCUACCAGAUGGACCUGGUCACGGAGUACAAUGGGGAGACAGCCUCUCAGAUCUUAAGUUCCCCGGUGUUAAACCACGCACUCCUCUUUGUCAAUAAGAGCUCUGAAGACUUUAAAGAGAUUUUCUCUGCUUUCAGCAGUGCUGCAGAGGCAUUCAGAAUGAAGAUUCUGUUUGUUUUGGUGAACGUGGAUGAAUCUCGUAACGGCAGACUCAUGGAGUACUUUCGGGUUCGGGACUACGAGGCCCCGCUCAUCCGACUGGUCAACCUGACAGAUCAUGUCACUUACCACCUACCGUCUGAAACCCUGAAUGUUGAGAACAUCAAGCAGUUCUGUCAGUCCUACCUGGAGGGAAAGGCUAAGCCCAAAAUGCAGAGCGAGCCCAUUCCUGAGGGGUGGGACGAGAAGCCUGUGAAGGAGCUGGUGGGGAUGACACUGGAGCAAGUGGCCUUUAACCCCAACAGAACUGUUUUUGUCUUAUUUUAUCUGCCCUAUAGUCAGAAAUCCCGUGAUUUGUUUCCUCUGUGGGAGGAACUGGCUGAAGCCUUCAAGGAGCGACAGGAAGUGGUUGUUGCUCGAAUAGACGCCUCAGCUAAUGACAUAGACAUGWCGAUGCAGGGGGGCUACCCAUCACUCUGUCUGUUUCCUGCUCUAUAUUCUGAGAGGAUGGUGGUUUACACAGGGAAUAGGAGUCUAAAAAGCUUGGUUAAGUUUGUAGAUAAAGAAAUGGAGAAAGCCAAAAAAGACAGAGUUAAGGAGGAUGAAGACAGGAGGAAGUUUUUCGAAGCCGUAGAAGCUGAAGAAGCAGAAAAACAAAACAAAAACAAAGAAGAGCUUUGAUAGAACUAAAGUGUAAAGGAAGUGUUUGUGUUUCAUACCUUCUUAAAUACCUUUUAAUCUGUMAUUUUAAUUCAGAGAUCAGAUUUAAUCUGUUCAGCUAUUCUGUCUCAAACAUUUUCAAUUAGCAAAUCAAAUAAAAGCCUAAACUCCGACAACUACAACCCUUA